GCCUGGCGUGGAAGGGCCCUGAGGAGGGGCGUCUGCGCAGGCGCGCGGCUCCUAACUUUACCCAGGGGCUUGCUGGGUUCUGUCUCUUUGGCUCUGCGACAUGGGCACGCCACAGAAGGAUGUUACUAUCAAGUCUGAUGCACCCAACACCCUUUUACUGGGGAAACAUGCGGAUUAUAUUGCAUCCUAUGGGUCAAAGAAAGAUGAUUAUGAAUACUGCAUGUCUGAGUACUUGAGAAUGAGUGGCAUUUAUUGGGGCUUGACAGUAAUGGAUCUCAUGGGACAACUUGAUCGCAUGAAUAGAGAAGAAAUUCUGACCUUUAUUAAAUCGUGCCAACAUGAGUGUGGUGGAAUAAGUGCCAGCAUUGGGCAUGAUCCUCAUCUUUUGUACACUCUUAGUGCUGUCCAGAUUCUUACUCUGUAUGAUAGUAUUAAUGUUAUUGACGUAAAUAAAGUGGUGGAAUAUGUUCAAAGUCUACAGAAAGAAGAUGGUUCCUUUGCUGGAGAUAUUUGGGGAGAAAUUGAUACAAGAUUCUCUUUUUGUGCGGUGGCUACCUUGGCUCUUUUGGGCAAGCUUGAUGCUAUCAAUGUGGAAAAGGCAAUUGAAUUUGUCUUAUCCUGUAUGAACUUUGAUGGUGGAUUUGGUUGCAGACCAGGUUCUGAAUCUCAUGCUGGACAGAUCUAUUGUUGCACAGGAUUCCUGGCUAUUACUAGUCAGUUACAUCAAGUGAAUUCUGAUUUACUUGGUUGGUGGCUUUGUGAACGACAGUUACCCUCAGGUGGACUCAAUGGAAGACCAGAGAAGUUGCCUGAUGUGUGCUAUUCAUGGUGGGUUUUGGCAUCCUUAAAGAUAAUUGGAAGGCUUCAUUGGAUUGAUAGAGAGAAACUGCGUAGUUUUAUCUUAGCAUGUCAAGAUGAAGAAACUGGAGGUUUUGCAGACAGGCCAGGAGACAUGGUGGACCCAUUUCAUACAUUAUUUGGCAUCGCAGGAUUGUCGCUUCUGGGAGAAGAACAAAUUAAACCUGUUAGUCCUGUUUUUUGCAUGCCUGAAGAAGUGCUUCAGAGAGUAAAUGUUCACCCUGAACUAGUGAGCUAGAUUUGUUGAUAGAUGGAGAAAAGUAUGUGUAGUAGUUUUUGCCAUCUUAACGUUUCUGUUUUUAAAGUGCUUACUGAACCUAAAAAUGUCUACUGUUGUUAAUAUUUUGUAUAUUGUGUUAAAUUAAUUUGAAUAAAUUAUAUAGUUAUACAUAUUGUAAAAUAAAUUAUUGUAUUUUCAGCUUUUGUGAA